UCUUGGAUGCCCAAAGGGUUAAAAACCACUUCAUAAAGACAGAGACAUGAAAUUUAUUUGAAAUCAAUGUCAAGCAUCAGUUAUUCGAAUCCUGGGGCUUGGCCAGAGCUGGGCGUCUGGAAUGAUCUACGUGCUUAAAUACACCACUCGCCACCAUUUUCUCCAGCUGGGAGUGUCCACUCUCCUUCCACCAGCAUGGCGUCUUCACAGUACCGCCAGCUGCUCAGUGACUACGGGCCACCAUCCCUAGGCUACACCCAGGGAACUGGGAACAGCCAAGUGCCCCAAAGCAAAUACGCGGAGCUGCUGGCCAUCAUUGAAGAGCUGGGGAAGGAGAUCAGACCCACGUACGCAGGGAGCAAGAGUGCCAUGGAGAGACUGAAGCGCGGCAUCAUUCACGCUAGAGGACUGGUUCGGGAGUGCUUAGCAGAAACGGAACGGAAUGCCAGAUCCUAGCUGCCUUGUUGGUUUUGAAGGAUUUCCAUCUUUUUACAAGAUGAGAAGUUACAGUUCAUCUCCCCUGUUCAGAUGAAACCCUUGUUUUCAAAAUGGUUACAGUUUGUUUGUUCCUCCCAUGGUUCACUUGGCUCUGAACCUACAGUCUCAAAGAUUGAGAAAAGAUUUUGCUGUUAAUUAGGAUUUGCAUUUUAAGUAGUUAGGAACUGCCCAGGUUUUUUUGUUUUUUUAGCAUUGAUUUAAAAGAUGCACGUAAAGUUAUCUUACAGCAAACUGUAGUUUGCCUCCAAGACACCAUUGUCUCCCUUUAAUCUUCUCUUUUGAAUGCAUUUGUUACCCACGGUGUUCUUUGUUCCUUUUCAUAAGCUAACACCACUCUAGGGAUUUUGUUUUUAAUGCAUAUUGACAACACCCUUUACUUAGUAGCUGGCUCCCAUUUGCCAUACAGUGUAGGUUCUGCUUAAUAUAACUUCUUUUUUGCUUAAGCAUCUGCAUGACUAUUAGUGCUUCAAAGUCAAUUUUUAAAAAUGCACAAGUUAUAAAUACAGAAGAAAGAGCAACCCACCAAACCUAACAAGGACCCCCGAACAUUUUCAUACUAAGACUGUAAGUAGAUUUCAGUUCCGCGUUUAUUGUAAGUUGAUAAAAACAUCUGGAAGAAAAUGACUAAAACUGUUUGCAUCUUUGUAUGUAUUUAUUACUUGAUGUAAUAAAGCUUAUUUUCAUUAACAAU